AUGGUGAUGACAAAUGAUAGUCAUUUUCCACUGUUUGAAACCAAGAAAACAAAGGGCAGAAUAAUUUACAAGCUAUUUGCAGCCUCAAACUUUGUUGGAAUCUUUUUCAUUUGGGUUUACAGAGCAACUCAUAUUGCAGGAUUUACAGAUGUUGGAAAACUCGGAUGGAUUGGAAUGUUUGGAGCUGAGCUGUGGUUCGGCUUUUACUGGGUGCUCACUCAAGCUCCUCGUUGGAACCGUCUGUCUCGUCAGACUUUCAAGAACAGGCUCGCUGAGAGGUACGAAAAUGAGUUGCCUGAGGUGGACAUUUUUGUUUGCACUGCUGACCCAACAAUUGAGCCACCAAUGUUGGUGAUCAAUACUGUUCUAUCAGUUAUGGCUUAUGAUUACCCAACAGAUAAACUCAGUGUGUAUCUCUCAGAUGAUGCUGGCUCGGAUCUUACCUUCUAUGCCCUCCUGGAGGCUUCACACUUUGCUAGGCAUUGGUUACCGUAUUGUAAAAAGUUCAACGUGGAACCUCGAUCGCCUGAAGCUUAUUUCAGGUCAGAGCUCGGCCAAUUAGAUGCAAGCCAGGUCAAAGCUCUGGCUUCUGUCAAGAAACUAUAUGAAGAUAUGGAGAACAGAAUUGAGCUUGCAAAAAAACUUGAACGAGUCUCCAAAAGUGCACUUCUAGAACACAAGGGAUUUUCAAAGUGGGAUAAAUUUUCAUCUCGAGGAGAUCAUGAUACCAUCCUGCAGGUAUUGAUUGAUGGAAAAGAUGCAGAGGUUAAGGAUAUUGAAGGGUGUAGACUGCCAACUUUGGUGUAUUUGGCUCGCGAGAAGCGACCACAGCAUUUCCAUAACUUCAAAGCUGGAGCUAUUAAUGCAUUGAUAAGGGUGUCAUCAGAGAUCAGCAAUGGACCUAUAAUUCUAACUGUAGAUUGUGAUAUGUACUCAAAUAAUUCGCAAUCAAUUCGAGAUGCGCUCUGCUUCUUCAUGGACGAAGAAAAGGGCCAUGAGAUUGCUUUCGUGCAGUUUCCACAGAAUUUCCAUAAUAUUACUAAAAAUGAAUUAUAUGGAGGAACCCUAAGAGUGAUCGCUGAGGUGGAAUUUCAUGGUUUGGAUGGUUAUGGAGGGCCUAUGUAUAUUGGAACUGGCUGCUUUCACAGAAGAGACAUCCUUUGUGGAAGAAAAUAUACCAAGGGAUCUACUAUCGACUGGAACACAAAUAGUAUACGCAAAACAGGGGAAAGUGUUCAAGAAUUGGAAGAAAGAAUAAAAGGCCUUGCUGACUGUAUUUUUGAAGAAAACACUCAGUGGGGCAAUGAGAUGGGUCUAAAGUAUGGCUGUCCAGUUGAAGAUGUGAUAACGGGGCUGUCAAUUCAUUAUCGGGGUUGGAAAUCAAUCUAUUUCAAUCCAAAAAGGAAAGCCUUCUUAGGUGUUUCUGCAACUACCCUUGAUCAGACACUAGUGCAACACAAGAGAUGGUCCGAGGGCGAUUUACAGAUUCUCUUUUUGAAAUACAGUCCAAUUUGGUAUGGACUAGGCAGAAUCCAUUUUGGGCUCAUAAUGGGAUAUCUCACCUUUUGCCUAUGGUCUCCUAAUUGCUUCGCAACAUUGUAUUACUCCAUUGUCCCUUCUCUUUAUCUCCUCAAAGGCAUCUCCUUGUUUCCACAGGUCUCGAGCCCAUGGUUUCUUCCAUUCGCGUAUGUGAUUGCAGCCGAGCAUAUAUAUAGCAUUAUCGAGUUUCUCAGAGCAGGUGGAACAAUUUUAGGCUGGUGGAAUGAGCAAAGAAUGUGGCUUUACAAAAGAACAAGCUCUUUUCUGUUUGCAGUCAUGGAUACCAUCUUCAAACUGAUGGGAUAUUCAAAUUCGGGUUUCGUAAUCUCAGCAAAAGUCGCUGAUCAAGAUGUUACACAGAGAUACGAGCAAGAAAAGAUGGAGUUUGGGUUCGCUUCACCAAUGUUCAUCGUUAUAUCAUCAGUGGCAAUGAUCAAUCUGUUCUGCCUCGUCGGGACGUUAAAGAAAAUGCUUGUUAUCGGGGAAUUCAAAUCUGUUUACGAAACCGCAGCUUUGCAGAUUCUUCUAUGUGGGGUUCUGGUUUUGAUCAACUUGCCAUUGUACAAUGGUCUUUUCUUUAGGAAGGACAAGGGCAGGAUGCCAAGCUCUGUAACUGUUAAAUCAGUGGUUUUUGCUCUUUCUUUGUGGGACAAAAUUUGUUUGAUUCUGUAUAAAUUUGUCUUUCGAGGGGGAAUAAAAGAUGAAGCUUUCAAUUGCAGCGGCGGCGAUGACAGGGAGGAAUGCUUCUCGCAUAAGGUGGAAUACGGGGACACUGUUCAUUUUUCAUUUGUGGUGAUUAAGUCUGAGGGUUCUUGGCAUUACAGUGAAGAUGGUGUUGACCUUGUGGUAAAGGGACCAAACGGUGAACAGAUCCACGAUGUACGUGAUAAGACAAAUGAGAAGCACGAGUUUUUGUCUUAUCAUCAAGGAGUCUACCGUUUUUGUUUCACUAACAAGUCCCCCUAUCAUGAAACCAUAGACUUUGAUGUGCAUGCUGGUCACUUUGCAUACCAUGACGAGCAUGCUAAAGAUGAGCAUUUCAACCCUCUCUUUGAACAUAUUGGGAAGCUAGAGGAAGCUUUGUAUAAUAUUCAGUUUGAGCAACAUUGGCUUGAGGCUCAGACUGAUCGUCAGGCAAUAGUAAAUGAAGGAAUGAGCAGAAGAGCAAUCCACAAAGCUAUAUAUGAAUCAAUUGCUCUCAUUGGGGCCUCUGUUUUGCAAGUCUACAUCUUGCGUCGUUUGUUUGAGCGAAAGCUAGGCGCAUCUAGAGUUUAA